CAACUCCAAAAAAAAAAAUAAUAAUAAUAAUAAUAAAAAUCAAAGAAAAAGAGCCACAAUAAUCGCACAGAGAGAAAAGAGAGGGAUCAAGAAACCACACCUCAGCCGAUUCCCACUCGUUUGUGAGUGAAAGGAUGAAGGGGUGAGCAUUGGGACUUUUGGGAGACACAGAGAACUCUCAACUAAGACAAUUAUUUGGUUUCUUUAAUUUCAUAAUGAACCCUAUAAUAGAGAGACAUUCCUUUUUGGAGAUGUCAUUUCUUCUCAUGUCUGUGGACUGUCAGAGCCGGAUUUAUGUAAUUCAGAAGGAAUUACUAUCUUACUGACAACUUUGACCCCGAGAGCUACAUCUGCAAUAGAUCAGUUAGAUUGUAAUGGAUAACCGCAUUGCAGAAAAUCCAUCUCCAACUCGAGCCAAAUGGAGAAAAGUGGCAUAUGGAGGGAUGCAACCUGGGUUUGAUGACAAUCACACUGAUGAGUGUUUCCUUGAAGGUAUGGUCAUGAAUGCCAAUGUUGUAAAACGGGACAUGCUGAAAGUGAUGCAAGAUGCAAUUUCUAUCUCUCAAUAUCUAUGCAUUGUUGUUCUUGUCGGUUUGGUUUGGACAUAUACUCUUAGAUCAACUCUUGAUGAAAGUUCCCUCUUGUAUCUUGAUGUGAGCCUUCUUGGAUCAGGAUUUCUAGUUCUCCUUUUAACCGAAGAAAUGCUUUCCCUUAACCUUCUCUUGCAUUAUUUAGUCAAUGUUUUCUUUUUUACAACUGGGCUAUUUGUUUUGGCUCCUAUCUACCAAACUCUGACAAGAUCCAUUAGCUCAGAUACCAUUUGGGCAGUAACUGUUUCACUUGUCAUACUUCAUCUAUUCCUUCAUGACUAUUCAGGAUCAACCGUGACAGCUCCUGGAGCUCUGAAAAAUCCAACCUUGACCAGUUCUAUAUCUUUAAAUGCUUCUGUAGUAGCAUCGGUUUUCAUUGCAUCUCGCCUUCCAUCAAGGCUACAAGUUUUUGCUAUCAUGCUAUUCUCCUUGCAAGUCUUCCUUUUUGCUCCACUGGUCACUUACUGUAUCAAGAAGUAUUCCUUCCGCUUGCACCUUUGCUUUUCUUUCAGUUUGAUGGCUGUGACCUUGGCUUUUGUUUAUACACUGCACCGGUUACUUUUUGUUCUCCUGUUGGGUUUAUUGGUUUUUGUUACUGUGGUGUGUCCUUAUUGGCUUAUACGGAUGCAGGAAUACAAGUUUGAGAUCAAUGGCCCUUGGGAUGAGGCUAAGCUUUGUUUUGAUAUUACAGAUUAAGAUAAUUAGUUCCAACCGUGGAUGUUUGAUGGGAGCUUUUGAAGAUUAAUUGUAAAACCAAAUGGUUUAAUGGCUUAUCCUUGCCUCUUCUCUCCAUUUCAAGUUUGACAAUCAGAUAUAGUCAAACUCUUUUCCAGUAUCAAUUUCUGCAUUCUCAUCAAGCAGAUGCAUUUUUCAUUAAAUCAGUCUGGUGCAGUUGUACAAUUAGAUCUUUGUAAGCAUAAAUAUAAAUUUUCAUUUUCAUAUAUUUGGGAGAAAGAAGUUCAUACUAUUUUCCCCAAGUUUUGUGAUUGCUCUAAAGCUAUAUUUAAAUGGAUAUUUGAAAUGAACUCCAGGAGGCCUCCAAGAGGGAAGAGUAAAGAAGGAAAAGAGAUCUAUCAAAUCUCUCUUUAAUGACUAUAA